AUGCUGAAUAGUGAUGCGACGCUGAUUGGAUCAAGAUCGCUGGAAAUGCAGAUGACAAUGACGAAUGUUGUCGCUACGAAUAUCAAUUUAACCUCUCAGCAGCAGCAGCCAAUACAAUCUACGAGCACAACCAAUAACACUAAUUUGUUGAAUCAACAACCUGAUGGCACCUCUUUUCUGCCUCCGAUUACGUUGCAGCAAAUGUCUAUGCAGAAUCAAAUGCGUAUGCUUACAGCGAUGCCAAGCAGUCGAAUGCCAUCUGAAACGUCCGCAGCGAUGGCAUCAGUGAUCGCGCCACCACCCGUUCACAUGUAUCCAACUUCAACCCAUUUCUCCUCAAGGCCCUCCUCUUCGUCCUCUUCCCAUCACGCAACCGCAUCCGCCACCGACCCGUGUGCACAAAUCGCUCAUGUUCUUCAGUGCUAUCAACAAGGUGGUGAAGAUGCUGAGUUUGUAAGGAAAGCAAUCGAAAGUCUCGUCAAGAAACUGAAAGAUAAACGAAAUGAAUUAGAGAAUCUUAUAACGGCGGUUACAUCCGGUGGAAAGCAGCCUACGUCUUGUGUUACGAUUCAGCGUUCAUUAGACGGUCGUUUGCAAGUGGCAGGUCGUAAAGGUGUCCCCCAUGUCGUUUAUGCCCGCAUUUGGCGUUGGCCGAAUGUGAGCAAGAAUGAACUGCAAAAAUUAUCGAUUUGCGGAGUGACUCCUGAUAAUCAGGAUGUAAUUUGCAUCAAUCCGUAUCAUUAUGAAAGAGUUGUUUCAUCGGCGAUUGGAAAUAUUGAUAUGUCAACACUGCGAUUGGAUUCGUUAUCAUCAGUAUCAGUCAUCGCACACACCAAUCCCGUUAUGGUACCAUCCCUGCACAACACAUCCCACCCCUCAUCUGCACACAAUUUAUCUACAAACAAUGUUUGCAACGAUCCCUCACAGCAGAAUCAUUUUUCGGAAGUAUCUUCACACUCGUCGAAUGAUGGCGUUUCAAUGAUGAGGCAGUCCUCAGACGCACAAAACGUGAAUCCAUGGAUUGGUCAGGGAUGUGCUAUUGGUGCUUCCACUGCCAAUCAGCUCUAUCAACAAUCGCAAGGUGCAUAUCAAUUGCGAGAUGCGUGUCGAAAUUUUCCAAUACGCUCUCCACGAUAUGAUCUUAACGCAGUCGUUCUCCCUCUGACCACUCCUCCAGACCACUGGUGUUCAAUAUCGUAUUAUGAAUUGGAUACACAAAUCGGCGAAACAUUCAAAGUUCGUAAGGAACAAUCUGAGGUUUACAUUGACGGAGGCGUUAAUCCGGCUGGUGUCAAAUCAGGACGAUUUUGUCUUGGAGCCCUGCCGAAUGUUCACAGGUGUGAAGCAUCUGAGAAGGCAAGAUUACACAUUGGCAAAGGAGUUCGCAUAUCAACUCAACGUGACGGCAGUGUCUAUCUGGCUUGCUUAUCACAUAAAUCCGUCUUUGUGCGAAGUUAUUAUCUGGAUUUUGAACAUAACAUCGAAUAUGGCAUGACUGUCCACAAAUUUUGUUCGGGUGCACCCAACAGAAAGAUAUUCGAUUUGCGAUGGGCUUACGCAGAAAUGGAGCAGCAAAACGAAUCGGCUCGUUUCGCAGUGGUCGCGCAAGCAGCUGCAGUUGCUGGUUAUCCAUCAGCCACAUCGUUAACGCCAUCCCUCAUUGAACAUGCUGGAACUGGAGUUGAUGAUCUCAGAAGGGUGUGUUGUACGAUAGCAAUUUCAUUCGUCAAAGGAUGGGGACCAGGUUACAAUCGAACAUCAAUCAAAGAAACGCCAUGCUGGGUUGAACUGCAAUUGCAUCGACCGUUGCAGUUGCUUGAUCAAUUGCUGAAAAAGAAUGAAGAUUAUGGUUGUAAAUGA